AUCCUCUGGUGCGCAAGGAAGUGAUGUCAUCACUGGUGACCAUCGUGUUGGACUGCGACAUGUGGCUUUGAUAAAGUUUAGGGACACAUCUUAUAAUCACUCUGCAGGAUGUCUGAAGGAGAUGCAAGGAAUGAUUCUGCUCAUGGGACACCUCGUACCCCAAUAGGUGGAGGACGGGGAUUGGUUGGACGCAGGCCAUCUGCUUCCCUAACUCCUGGACGUCUUCCCUCUAUUCGCUCCCGCGAUCUUACGCUUGGAGGUGUCCGGAAAAAAACAUUUGCUCCCAAUAUUAUAAGCAGAAAAAUAAAGGAAGAACAGAAAGAAGAGGUGGCUGUAAAGGUGGAACGGACCGAGCGAGGGAGGGAUCGUCGUGGAGAUGGACCAGGAAGAGGACGCGGGAGACCUCAAGUUAUACAGAGCCAUUCGAUCUUUGAACAGGGACCAGCAGAACAGCUCAAGAAGAAAACUGGAUGGGAUGGCCCCACGGAAUCUGCUGACCUUGGUCCAUCUCACAUUAUAAACAUAAAACGAGAAAAACGAGAAACAGAAGAGGAAACAAAGCAGAUCCUGCGCAUGCUGGAGAAUGACAAGUUCCUCGAUGACCCUGGGCUAAGGAAUGACUCUCAGAAUCAGCCUGUGCAGCUUCCACUAGCACACUCUGGGUGGCUGUUUAGAGAAGAUGAUGAUGAAGAAGAAGAGGAGGAAAAAAAGCCUCUGCCUGGGAUUCUCAAGGAGGAACAGAUGGAGGUGGAUCCUGGAAAGGUCAAAGUCAAGGAAGAGCCAAUGGAAGAUGAAGAUGCAGGGUGGAAGACAAGUCUUCCCCCUUGUAAAGCUCCAGUGGUAAAGAAGCCUCCAGAAAGGAAAGAUGUACCCCUCCCUGACUUACUGGAAUCCCUGAAGGUUUCAGGAGAGGAGAGUCUCUUCUUCCUUCAACUUCCUGACACUCUUCCAGGGCAGCGGCUCACUCAGGAGGCACGGCCAAUGAAGACUGAAGUAAAGAGUGAGGAUGGUCACCAGCUAUUGGUUAAGGACAAAGGCCUGGAAACACAGGAGGCGGAUGACCGCUGCUCUCUUCGGGAUGUGUCUGAGGGCCAAAUUGGAAAGCUAGUUGUACGCAAAUCUGGCAAGAUACAGCUUGUAUUGGGCAAGGUCACCCUUGAUGUCACAAUGGGGACAACCUGUUCCUUUCUGCAGGAGCUGGUGUCAGUUAGUGUGGGUGAAGCUCGAAGUGGAGAGAUGAUGGUUUUGGGCCAUGUUCAGCACAAGCUUGUAUGUUCCCCAGACUUUGCGUCUUUGCUAGAAGGAAGGCAUCGUUGAGUCCUUCUUACUUUUCACCACAGUGAUGGAUUAAGUCUGUCUGUUGCUCCAGUUAUAUCAGAAGCACUGCUACAUUACUUGUAUUAGCAUGGCCUCUGGGCCUGUACAAUUGUUUACUUUGGCAUAGCAUGUGACUUAUGAUUCUGUGUGUGGAAGAGGCUGAUUCAUCUGUGUAAUUAGACUCUUGCUGACACUUGCUGCUCCUUAUCUUCUAGCAUGUACUACUGGACUUUUCACUAUGAUCUAAAUCACACUUUGUAUAAUUGUAAAUAUUGGAUAUGAAAUACAGACUUAUAAUAAUUUAAGCAGAGUCCCACAUCUUAAAGCUGAAAAUGUUACCAUAUAAUAUUUAAAUUUAACCAGUGUAAUAAUUAACUAUAGUAUGUAUGUCAAAUUUAUAUUCUGUAGAAAGUUGACUGUUCACCAGGUUCCUGUUGAAGAAACCAAGUCAAGAUAUAUUUUAUUUUUUAAUUGGAUAACAACAUAUUCUGUACAGCUGUACAAUUUAAGUAUUAGUUAAUUGACACCUACCGUUUAAGUCAUAUUUCUAUAUACCAAUAAAGAAGGAGUUGGAGAUACUUCAAGUGAGUUUACAGUAAGGGUCAUCACCUACUUGUAAAAGUGUGUGUAGAAUAUAUAUGGUUGGAUGAACACUCCAAGCCCCAUAACUACAGCAUGGGGCCAUCCCAACGUAAUUAGUCUAGCAAUUUAAUAUUGAGUGCUGCUGGACACCUGUUGCAGCCUCCAAUGGUGCCUUUAGGUCUGCUGAGCUAAGCCCUACAGUGCAGGGCUGGCUCAUUGCCUGAGGCUAUAGUCAUUAUGGUGCUUGCAGUAUUCCUUCAAAGAAGUAACCGAAAUGGUUGUAUUUGUUGAGAUAAAUUGCUGCAAUCAACUUAAUGCUGUGUCCCACAAAUAAAGUUUAUAACAGGUGGCUGUAUAGUAUAGCUGCAUACCUGCAACAAAAAUUAAAAAGAUUUACUCAGUCAAAAGUUGAGCACACGGUGAAUUAACAAGCAAGUUUUAAGACUGAAAUCUAAAAUAUUAAAAUUGUUAGAGGAUUUUCCAGCUCUGCUUUUCUGGUGUUGGGUACCUUACCACAUUAUUUUGUGAAAAAGCCCUAAAUACCUCAUUAGCAAAAUCCAGAAAUAAUAAUGUUACACAUAAUGUAUUUUCAUAUAAAACAAAAAGUAUAUAGGAUUUUAAGAUUCCUCUGCUUGUUUUAUGGUAAACUACCUUUCUCAUGAGUAUGAAAUAUACUUUACUUUCAAACCGUGCAUGACAUAUGGUUUUUAUUUUAAUGUAAUAACCUAUAUGUAUGUUCCACUAAUUUAAAGUCCUGGAUAACUGAUGUAAAAAGAGUUGUUUUUCCAUUUGAUUUAUUUUUGUUUGCAUUUGCCGAUAUUUUGCCAGGCAUUUGAGACAAAUGCAUGUAUUAUUACGUUCUUUAAACGUAAAUUCGCCUAAUGCCUUUUGUUUAUAUUGUGCUAUUUAACAAUGUAUGUCCCUUUUUCUUUGUGACAAUCCAUGCAACUGUACAGUGUGAUUAAAUAAACCAAG